GGUCGCGGAUCGUGGAUGUGGUGGGUGAGGGGAGAGAACAGUAAUUCCCAGGGCGCCAGGGUGAGUGAGCUGGGUGGGGCAGCGGUUUUCGCUGUCGGAACGGAAGGGAAGCAGGAAACCGCGAGUGGAGAAAGGGCCCCCAGAUGUCAGCUGGGUGCCCGGAGCACAGGGGGUGGGGCGGGUGGGCGGUGGCCGCGGCCUUCCCCGCAGGGGCGUAGCCGUGGGCGGUGACUGCCGUGAUGAAGCAUAAGGGAUCCCGGAAAAGCCAGGGGCGGGGUUAGGAGCGGUCCGCCUCGUUUACAAGUGGAUGUGGGCGGGACCGAGGGCGGCCCCGCUCCGUCCAGGACUUCCUCAAUGCGCGUGCGCAAUGGGCCACAGAGCCGCCAUGCCGGAACCGCGCGGGUCGUUGCAGCUGCGGGUGAACGCGGCGUUUGCCGCGCGGUACAACCGCUACCGGGAGCGCGAGGAACUGCAGCGGCUGAAGGAUCGCUACGGGGACCGGGAGAGCGGCAGCGACUCCAGCUCCGAGUCGGACUCCAGCGACGAGCGCGUGGAAUUUGACCCCCAGCAGGAGCAGGACUUUUACAAAACGCUCUCCUUGUUGAAGAAGAAGGACCCCCGCAUUUAUCAGAAAGAUGCCACCUUCUAUAACAGAACAGCAUCGUCAUCAGAGAGUGAGGAGGAGCCAGCAGCCUUGGAGAAGCAGAAGAAAGUGCGGCCCAUGUACCUGAAGGACUAUGAGAGGAAGGUUAUCUUGGAGAAGGCAGGCAAAUAUGUCGACGAGGAGAACUCAGACGGGGAGACUUCUAAUCACAGACUCCAGGAGACAUCAUCACAAAGUUACGUGGAGGAACAGAAACAGCUCAAGGAAAGCUUCCGGGCAUUUGUGGAGGACAGUGAGGACGAGGACAGCGCUGGGGAGGGUGGCUCCAGUUUGCUGCAGAAACGUGCCAAAACCAGGCAGGAGAAGGCCCAGGAGGAGGCCGACUACAUCGAGUGGCUGAAGGGACAGAAAGAGAUUCGGAACCCAGAGUCCCUGAAGGAACUGACCCAUCUCAAGGAAUACUGGAAUGACCCUGAGUUGGAUGAAGGGGAGCGGUUCCUGCGGGAUUACAUCCUCAACAAACGCUACGAGGAGGAGGAAGAGGAAGAGGAAAAGGAGGAGGAAGAGGAGGGGGUCCCCGGCCCCCCAGUCCAGCUGACUGUGGACGACUCCUCAGAUGAGGGGGAGCUGUUUCUGAAGAAACAGGAGGACUUCGAACAGAAGUACAAUUUCCGUUUCGAGGAGCCAGACUCAGCAUCGGUCAAGACCUACCCACGCAGCAUCGCGUCCUCCGUGCGCCGUAAGGAUGAGCGCAGGAAGGAGAAGAGGGAAGAGACUCGGGAGCGAAAGAAGAGGGAGAAAGCAAAGAAACAGGAAGAGCUCAAGCAGCUGAAGAACCUGAAGAGGAAGGAGAUUCUGGCCAAGCUGGAGAAGCUGCGGAAAGUAACGGGCAACGAGACACUGGGCCUCGAGGAGGGGGACCUUGAAGAUGACUUCGACCCUGCCCAGCACGACCAGCUCAUGCAGAAGUGCUUUGGGGAUGAGUACUACGGGGCCGUGGAGGAGGAGAAGCCGCAAUUUGAGGAAGAGGAAGGGCUUGAAGACGACUGGAACUGGGACAUGUGGGACGGGCCUGAGCAGGAGGGAGACUGGAGCCAGCAGGAGCUGCAUUGUGAGGACCCCAACUUCAACAUGGAUGCUGACUAUGACCCCAGCCAGCCGAGGAAGAAAAAGCACGAGGCCCCCUCGACGGGCAAGAAGAAGCGCAAGUCACCCUUCGCCGCGGCCGUGGGGCAGGAGAAGCCCGUGUUUGAACCUGGGGACAAGACAUUCGAGGAGUACCUGGAUGAGUAUUACCGGCUGGACUACGAGGACAUCAUCGACGACCUGCCCUGUCGCUUCAAGUACCGCACCGUGGUGCCCUGCGACUUUGGCCUCAGCACUGAGGAGAUCCUCGCUGCUGACGAUAAGGAGCUGAACCAGUGGUGCUCCCUGAAGAAGACCUGCAUGUACAGGUCAGAGCAGGAGGAGCUGCGGGACAAGCGGGCGUACAGCCAGAAGGCCCAGAACUCAUGGAAAAAGCGGCAGGUCUUCAAGUCACUCUGCCGAGAAGAGGCAGAGACACCCGCGGAAGCCACAGGGAAGCCACAGAGAGACGAAGCCGGCCCACAGAGGCAGCUGCCAGCCCUUGAUGGGGCUGGCGGGAAGCGGCCCCGGCCGGAGAGUCCCCCAGCACAGGAAGAGGAGGCCCCUGUAUCACCCCACAAGAAGCCAGCCCCCCAGAGGCGGAGGAGGGCCAAGAAGGCACGGCUGCUGGGCCCCACUGUGAUGCUUGGUGGACGUGAGUUCAGCCGCCAGAGACUGCAGGCCUUUGGCCUCAACCCCAAACGGCUGCACUUCCGCCAGUUGGGCCGGCAGCUGAGGAAACAACAGGGGCCCAAGAACAGCUCCUGAGCACCAGGGAACAGGCAGGGGCCUCAGGCUCCUUCCCUCAAAUCAAGCCCUGGACAGGUCUCGCACCCACAAGUACUAUCUGCUGCAGAGAACCUCUCAUCUUUGGCCAGGCACGCCUGUAAUCCCAGCACUUUGGGAGGCUGAGGUGAGAGGAUCACUUGAGCCCAGGAACUGGAGACCAGCAUGGGCAACAUAGUGAGACUCCAUCUCUACAAAAUGUGGUGACACAUGCCUGUAGUCUCAGCUACUCAGGAGGCUGGGGAAGGAAGAUCACUUAAGGCCAGGAGUUUGAGGCUACAGUGAGCUAUGAUUGCACCACUGCACUCCAGCCUGGGCGACAAAGCAAGACCGUCUCUUGAAAAAAAUAAAAAAAGUUAAAAAAACGUGUAGCUAUGGGUAAGGAAGUCGUCCCAUUUUAUGGAUGUGGAAACUGAGGCUGACUUAAACUUCCCGUGACUUGGAACUCUCACCUCAACACACCUCCCAGACCCCACAGCCCCUCAGAACGCUGCACCCAGUCACAGCCACGAUCAAGUCACACAGCUUUAUUGGCCCCCAGCAGCCACAGUUCCCCCAAGGGGACUUUGGGACAGGGAGGGCCUGGGCGUCCAGUGCAAACUACAGUACGUGAGUCAGGCCCUGAGUGGGGUGCCCGGGGUCCUCCCUCCCUCCCCUGCCAGGAGGGCCCCACUGGUGGGAGACAGGUGCAUGGGCUCUGUCCCUGGCUGAAUGGCCCCAGACUGGUUGCAGCUGGGCUUGAGGGACUGAGAACAGGAAGUACCAUCAUCACUGCCAGAGCUCAAGAUCCCACACCCGACAUGACAUAAAUAAAAAAAUAAAUAGUGUUG